AUGACCGUUGCCAUGUUGCGGUCUCUGACUGCAACACAGUCGCCCGCAUUGACGGCAGAGGCAGUGAAUCCUCUCUUUGAUUCAGUCACUCUCCAAAAAGCAUGGGAGAUCUUGGAUAUCAUUCACCGGUAUCGCAUGCCAAUUUCCCCCAACACGGUUGAUCGCAGUGAUGAAGGCACACUCAAGUUUCUUUCGAUUAUCUACACUCAAGUGCGAUCCUCAAGUCGGAUCCAAAUGGUCUUGCCAGCUUUCCCUUUCAAGUCACCUAACCGUGUGAGCAAAACGCUAGGAGCACUGCCCGACAAAGGAGAAGAGCUUGGAAUGGCCCAUCUGAAUGGGCUAUGUGCUGCAAUCGCAGACAAAUAUGAGCCGGGGGCCGAGUUGACCAUCGCGUCAGAUGGCCUUGUGUAUAAUGAUCUUUUAGGUGUUUCUGAUGCCGAGGUAUACUUCUACGGAGAACAUUUGCGGCAAAUGGUCAAAGACAAUGGCUACAAGCAUAUUACAUUCAUCCGUCUCCGAGAUCUCGUUCAAUGGCAAGUCGAGACUCCACUCGAUGUCGCUACCUACGAGAAGCACGCUGGCGAGUUUCGUCAAAGGUUGAUUGAUAGAUUCACGCCAUUAGACUACGACUGUCGUGAAAGUAUCCUUGCAGACGAGGACGUCUGCUCUACAUAUCGCGGCUAUAUCAAAUUCCUAGCCAAAGACUUGGAGCAUACUGCGGAGUCGAAUUCGUCGAAACGGUCCCACAAGCAGAAGCUGGAGGAGAUAGCAAAGAAGAUGAUCGCCCGUGGAAAGGCAUUCGCAGAAGCAAUCAAAACAAAUUAUCCAGACCACGUCAGGCUCUCAAUUCAUCCUUCAAGUGGAUCCACGAAGAUUUCGAUUCAGGUCUUACCUCUUGCGAAAUUCGCAACUACUCCUUGGCAUUCAACCCCAUGCUUCAGGCUUGAUGGCGGGGUCGAAUAUGGCAUGAGGGAGAUCUUCGAUCAAAACCCCGAUGUUGAGUUGGUUCACAAAAAUGGGCAAGCUUGGUACUAUCGAUACAAGUCACCACUCUACUCAUGGCCAGAGGAAGUAGAGAUGGAACCCCUGUACCCCUGUGGCUUGAUGAUCCGCUCUCUGACGAACCUCUCUGUUCACGAUGUUGACAUGCAAAUGAUUCGGGACCUUGCUCAAGAGGUUUCCCCUGUGAUCCUCCGUGGCUUCAAGGAUACUCGGGAUCGCGAGAUAUUUGUCAAAAAAGCCGAACAGAUGGGAGAACCUCUUCCAUGGAAGUUUGGGUUGGUUUUAGAGGUGAAGGAUCAUGGAAGUGAUAGUAAGGGACUCAACAAUGUCCUCUCGUCGGAAUGGAUGCCAUUCCACUACGACGGGUUAUUCAAGAUCGAGAAGUCACUUGAUGCAGAUGGAAAGGAGGUAGUUCAAUCUAAGCCUCCCAAGUUCCAAUUCUUCACCAGCUUGACACCCUCUCCCAAAGACUCGGGAUUUACUCUGUUCUCCACAUCGCGUCUCAUAUGGCACUACCUGCCCAGUGGAUACUCGGUGGAUAGUCUCCGCAAACUUUCCUGGACGGUGGAGACCGACUCGUUUGAUAAUGCGAAAGUGUCUGGUUUACCUCUGAUUGAGGAUCAUUUCGCUCACCACCGGCCUUGUCUCCGCUACCAUGAACCUUGGCCCCAGGAAAAGACUGUCUUCACUCCGACAAAGAUCACCGUCCAAGGUACACCGGAUUCUGCCGAAGUGUGUCGCACUCUGGAUAGUCUCCUGCAUGAUCGACGGGUGGCUCUGUGGCAUUGCUGGGAAGAGGGAGACUGGCUGAUCAGCGACAAUGUGACGACAAUGCAUACCCGGAGCUCCUUCAUGGGGAACUCGGAUCGCUGCCUGUGGCGAAUCCACGUUGAUUGA